AUGUUGAAGUACACAAGGCCAGUGGCACAUUUGAGAUGGAGAAUAGAGCCUAGGUUUUAUUCCACGAAUCCUGAAAAGCUGCCGUCUCCCGAGAAAAAGCUCUCGCCAGAUCAAGCUAGAGCCGAGGCUGCCAAAGUGCACAUUCAAACCCUCAAAGACAUGGGAUCCCUCUUCUCCUCUGGGAGUAGCGAUGAUGCCACACAGCCCAUAGAUACAGAGCCUGUAUUCAAAAACCCCAAAAUCUUUGGAACCUUGAGUUUAUUACACCAGGGCCAGGUUUUGAAGGAGCUCCAAGACAAGUACGACCAAAGCUGGAAGAAGCUCACCGAUGUGGACAAGAAGCUCGGAUACUACAUAGCAUACGGCGAUUGGGGCGUUCGUGAGAAGUUUACCAACUGGAAUACGCUAGAAGCUCCUCUUGAUCUUCCGUUCAGGGUGCCUUCUCAAAUACGUACCGCUUCGCCCAAACCUACUGAUAUCAUCAAGAAGCUAGAGCCAGUUAUUCUUGCAGAAACGCCAGUGCGUCGAGAACAGUUUGACACAAAAAAGAUGGACCCUGUCACCAAGACAUUCAUUUAUAUUACAAUUUUUAUUGCUUUGUUGGCCAUUGCCAGAGACAAGAAGAUAGGCGAGGGAGGUAAGCCCGAGGAAAUCGAAAUCGAGGACAUCUACGAGAACCAGAGACAGAAUCAGGAGAAGUUUGAUCAGCAGCCUGCUCCACAAGAGCAGCAGCCUAGGCCUGGCAAGAAAUGGUACUAUCUCUGGCUCAAGUGA